AUGCAGAAGGCUGUGACAGUAGGCAAGUGGCGUAAAACUAGCCAAAUCAACGAUAUGCGACAACCAACAGAAUACCAUACUGUAUCGGUCGAGGCCCAGGAUAAAAACGGCCGCAUAUUUUCCACUGCAACCAUGCUGUGGGCCAGCAGGGUAGCAAUGGAAAAUAUGCGACUGUUGGUCAAUCAAGAAAGAACAGGAGAGGUGGAAACCGCGUUAGAAAAAAAAGAUAUGAAGGGAGAGGUAGAAGCGAGGAUAGGUACGCCGAAUGUGGGAACAAUGACAGGAAAGAGCAGAGACAUUGUGGACAUGAUGGAGAGGAGAAAACUGGGUGUUUUGUGUUUACAGGAGACAAAGUGGAAAGGGAGUAAGGCGAGGGAUCUGAGUGCUGGUUACAAGCUGUACUUCCAUGGAGAGAAUGGAGUGAGGAAUGAUGUCGUUGCGGGGGUGAAAGGAAUGCACACAUAUGGUAUGUUGGAUGUGAGAAAGAUAAGAGACAGAAUGAUGAGUCUGAAGCUGGAGAUAGAUGGUCUUCUGCUAAAUGUGGUGAGUACCUAUGCCCCACAAGUGGGAUGCCACAGAGAGGAGAAGGAGGAGUUUUGGGAGAUGCUAGAUUAA